CCGCGUGUUCCGUGAAACCGAACGCAAUUGAGCACAUGUCAAAAUUCUUCCAAAAAAGAAUACGCGAGUGAGUUUUCUAGAGAACAGAGAUUGAGUUGAGUUUUGUUAUCACGAGUUUAAAGCACAAUGGAAGAGUUAGUCGCAUUCCAAAAUGAGUUAUUAGAAAACUUGAGACGCUCGGACAAAAACUUUCGAAAAUCACCAAAAGACAGGCUGAGGAGAGCUUAUCUUGAGUCACGCCUAGAGAUUUUAGAGCAAUUAUGGAAAGAGUUCACGGAAGGUCACAAGGAGAUCAUUUACAAAGCGAGCGGCCUGGACAAAACUGUAACCGUAAGUUAUCUAAAGGACAACACGUAUGAACUGUUUGAAGAUUUGUAUUUGCAAUAUAAAACAACUCUGAAGGAAACCUUGCAAUCGUAUAUUUUGGAGACAAAUACAACGCAGACCUUACCGCCAACUACUGAAAAAUCUAUUAACGAAGUGAAGUUACCUGUAAUUCAAUUACCUAUUUUUAAUGGAAAGUACGAGGAGUGGCAAACCUUUUACGACUUAUUCUGCUCUUUAAUACACGAAAAUAAAAGACUUUCACCUGUACAAAAACUACACUACCUGAAAAGUAACCUUAAAGGAGAACCUGAGUUAAUGUUGCGCAAUUUACCUACAACUGACGCAAACUACCAAGAAGCAUGGAGUCAAUUGGUUAAAAGAUAUAAUAACAAAAGAUAUAAUUGUAAUGCAAUUCUUAAAAUCCUUUUCGGACAAAAACCAAUAAGUAUGGAGUCUGCAUCUGCCAUCAAGAACCUAGUCGACACAACUUCAAUGUGCAUCAAAGCCCUAGAAAACACAGGAGUAAUGACUGAGAGCUGGGAUCUUUUCAUAAACUAUUUAGUUGUUUCAAAGUUAGACACAGAAAGUGUCAAGCAAUGGGAGCAAAAUCUCAGCAAAGAGGACGACCAAUUACCAACCUGGUUGCAAUUAAAGGACUUCUUGGAGGCGAGGUUCCGGUCUUUGGAGAUGAUAGAAAGCAGCAAGGCAGCGAAACGGUUUACACCUCCUGCGAAACCAAAAGCGUUCCAUACUAGUGUUGACAAAGAAGGUGUAAAAAGUGAAGUGAAGUGUGCAUUCUGUAACAUAAAUGAUCACUACAUUUUUAAGUGCAAGAGAUUUUGUGAAAUGCCAACCAAGGAGAGGCAGGACUUUGUACAGAAGAGUCGUUUAUGUUUCAACUGCCUUUCUUCCUCUCAUUCUGUCUCUAGGUGCAAAAGUACAGCAAACUGUAGACGGUGCUUUAAACGGCACCACUCGCUGAUCCAUUUCGAGAAAGAAGAUAAAGAGCAGAAGGAUGAGAAUUCAAAAGAAGAUGAAACAACUUCGACAGGUACUAUGAGCGAGGUGCAAAAAGGUAAGACUAAUGCUUUGUCAAACUUAAACGACUCACAAAUAGUGAGUAACUUUUCUAGUAAGCAUAUACCAAACAAUGUAUUAUUAGCGACUGCGAAUGUAUUUGUUAGAACUAAAAAUGGUUGUAAGCGAGUAGUGAGAGUUUUGCUAGAUCAAGGUUCACAAGCGAGUUUCAUAUCUGAAUCAACUGUACAGUUUCUUAAUUUAACGCGUAAACCAGUGAGUGGUUGGGUGUCAGGUGUGGGAGAAGGGCAAAUGAGAAUCAAACACAUGGUUUCACUCAUCGUGGAAUCACGCCACAAUCCCAGAGCUUCAGUCCGUGUAAAUGCAUAUGUAUUGCGUUCACUAACAACACUGUUACCCACUACUAACCUUAGCGCUCCUGAGUGGUCAGACUUAGAGAAUCUAGAGUUAGCAGACCCAGGAUACACAACACCAGGAAGAAUAGAUAUUCUUCUUGGAGCUGAAGUAUAUAGUGAUAUAUUGCUAGAUGGCAUCUUAAAACACCCGCAAGAAAACUUAUUAGCUCAGAAAACAAUUCUUGGCUGGGUACUAUCAGGGAAGAUGUCACGGGAAUCAACUUCAGCGAGGAGAAACAUUACAAGUUUACAUAUCAAUGUCAAGGAGGAUGAGAUACUAAAACAAUUUUGGGAGAUGGAAAAUGAGCCAAAUAGUAUAGUGAAGAACCUAUCAAAGGAAGAAGAAAGAUGUGAAGAAUACUACAAUUCCACAACCGUUAGAGAUGAAGACGGAAGAUACAUUGUGAAAUUGCCAUUUAAAAAUGAAGAGCCAGAGUGUCAAUAUGGAAAUUCAAGAGAAAUAGCAAGUAAGAGAUUAGAGAUUUUAGAAAGAAAGUUAAAGAAGAAUGAGAAACUUAAAGAAGAAUAUACAAAGGUGAUGGAUGAGUACAUAAAUUUAAAUCAUAUGACAGAAGUUGACGCUAAGGAGGUAGGUAAUCCUAAGGCUGUUUACCUUCCUCACCACGCUGUCUUGAGAGAAGACAAGACUACGUCUAAGGUACGGGUGGUUUAUGAUGCCUCGUGUAAGGACGGCAUCAAUGGUGUCUCUCUGAAUGACUGCCUACUUGUGGGACCUAAGCUGCAACAGGACUUGCGACACAUACUAAUGAGAUGGAGGACACAUAAGGUAUGUCUUGCUGCAGACAUUGUCAAAAUGUAUCGAAUGAUACGUGUAGCUGAGGAAGACACAAACUUUCAGAGAUUGCUGUGGAGAUGCUCACCUGAUAAACCUGUAACCCAUUUUAGACUAUUGAGAUUAACAUUUGGAACUGCAUGCGCGCCAUAUCUGGCAGUAAAAACUCUACAAAGGUUAGCUGAGGAUGAAAAAACAAAGUUUCCCAUCGCAGCUGAGAUUACUAAACGAGAUUAUUAUAUGGACGACCUACUGACCGGCUGUGAUAGUGUUGAAGAAGCUUUCCAAAUUUAUGAAGAAAUGAAUAAAUUAAUGACUUUGGGUGGAUUCCAACUACAGAAAUGGUGCAGCAAUGAUGACACACUACUAAGCUACAUUGGACAAAAUAAAAGAGAUGAUGAUUUGAUCACAAUCAAGGCUAACAACAGUCUAGUCAAGAUAUUGGCAGUGAGUUGGAAUAGAACAACAGAUUCAAUGAUAGUUCUAGCUUGGUUGAAAGCUGGUCCGAGUAGAUGGAAUACAUUUGUUAGUAACAGAGUUUCAGAUAUAUUAAACAUACUAGACUAUGAACAGUGGGGUCAUGUCAGUACAGACACCAACCCAGCUGAUUGCGCCUCACGAGGAUACAAUGCUAUGGAUUUGUCGAGUCAUGAGUUAUGGUGGAACGGGCCAACUUGGCUACUUACACUGGAUACAAACAGAAACAUUUCUGAAAUUGAAGAUACACAUGAAGAGGAGAAGGUGAGUUUGUUAAUUGCUUUAUCACAUACUGAGGAAGAUCUAAUUUGGAAUAAAUAUUCAUCUCUAUCAAGAAUGUUGAGGAUAAUGUCAUACUGCAGAAGAUUUCUAAAUUUAAAAUUAUCUAAAGAUAAACGUAAAACUUUUAGUACAGUUGUUACACCGAAGGAAAUGAAUGAGACUUUAAAUAAUUGUAUCAAACAAGUUCAAGCUAUUGCAUUUAAUGAAGAAAUAAAGCAAUUAACAUCUCAAGGGUACGUGCCUAAGAGGAGUCAGCUGCGCAAGCUUUGUCCCAUUUUGGAUCAAAAUGGAAUUUUAAGAGUUGGUGGCCGUAUCCAAAAAUCUCAAGUGGAUUAUGAUGUACGGCAUCUUAUAAUUUUGCCAGCUAAGAGCCAUCUUAGCAGGUUGAUAAUUGUAGAUGCACAUCAGAGAACUAUGCAUGGAGGUCCUCAAUUAAUAAUGAGUUAUUUGAGAUCAAAAUACUGGAUCCUACGUGCGAAGGUUCAAGCAAAAAAAACCUACCGAGAGUGUGUUACCUGCAUCAGACAUUCGAAAAGGAACGUCACACCAUUAAUGGGCCAGUUACCAGAAGCAAGAUUAAAACCCAGCAAACCAUUUAAGUCAGCUGGUGUAGACUAUGCCGGGCCAAUUAAUAUCAGAUUUUCACCAGGCAGAGGCUCGAAAUCAUAUAAAGGGUAUAUAUGUCUGUUUGUCUGUUUCGUUACCCGAGCAAUACACCUGGAAGCAGUCACAGAUAUGACUACACAAGGUUUCCUCCAGGCAUUCCGUCGUUUUACAGCCAGAAAAGGUCAUUGCCAGGAUCUCCAUAGUGACAACGGGACGAAUCUGGUGGGAGCUAGCAGACAGCUCAAGGAAAUGUUCAAUAACGCUAAAUCGACUUUUCCAAGGGAGAUAGCAGAGUUGUUAGCCCAAGAGCGUACUACAUGGCAUUUCAAUCCCCCGUAUGCAAAAAAUUUUGGCGGACUUUGGGAAGCGGGGGUGCGUAGCACAAAAACUCAUCUUUUAAAAGUAAUAGGAGACACUACACUAACGUAUGAAGAACUUUCUACUGUAUUAGCACAAGUAGAAGCCUGUUUAAAUUCACGACCCAUAACUUUGUUAAGUGAUGACCCAGAGGAUCCCCUCCCGCUGACACCUGGCCACUUUCUGAUAGGUGAACCUCUGAUAAAUAUACCUGAUGAAAAUUAUACUCAAUGUAAAAUAUCAAAUUUAGACAGAUGGAGACUAACACAAAAGAUGGUUGCUGAUUUCUGGAACAGAUGGUAUAAGGAAUAUCUUGUCAAUCUCAAUCUCAGAUACAAAUGGAAUACAAAAACUCCUGAUCCAGAAAUCGAUGACAUAGUUAUUUUAAAGGAGGAUCACAUGCCACCUUGCAAGUGGUUACUAGGUAGAAUAAUACAAAAACAUGUUGGGCCAGACAAUAUUACUCGUGUAGUUACAGUUAAAUGUAAAAAUGGUGUUUAUAAAAGACCUGUCAACAGAAUUUGUAGAAUAACUAAACAAGACGGUGAUUCUUAACUUCUUUAUUAUUAAAAAACAUAUUUAACAGAGAUUAUUUUACAUUAUAAGAAUUGAUUCUAUAACUAGACUAUAUAACUUUGUACAUUAUUGAUGCAAUCAUAGGCUAAGCAUAUGAGUACUGUCUUCGACUAACUUUGAUCAGCACACCAAUGUUUCUUAUAAAACUUAACACUAAUUAAUUAUUAAUUCUGUAUAAACUUCAGUUAUUCAACCAUGAUUUUUACAUAAUUGGUAUGGUGAUCAGUCAAACUUGUUGCCAAACAAGGCUAUAAAGGUUAUUUCACUGUGUUAUAAUUCUUAGGAUUAAAAACUUAUGCUAAAUUAAUUUACUCUAAAUACUGGGUAUCAAUUAUGCUUAAGAGCUGAAUCACAUACAUUUGAGUACUUAUGAACUAAACUUUAAGCCUAUUUGAUAUCUAAAUAAUCUUGAAGGUAAAAUGAUCACUUAGGUACUACUUACAAACUAUAUUAUGGCCUAAUUGAUUAUUUGCUUAAUACAGUGUAAUUAUGUAUACUUCUAACUAACAAUGUGUGUAGGUAGGUACUUAUACUUAAAUUUAAAGUGUUUGUUUAACUUAAAUACUGUAGAAAGCUUAAAUCUAAUGAAAAUUGUAAAAAUUUAUAGGUAUCUAGUACUUACCAUAUUACUUACCUUAAAAACCAUUGAUACAGUCCACAUAGAUACUUACUUCUUGUUUCAAGUUGUUUACUGAGUUAUUGAUAUAUUAUAUUUAGUGUUGUAUUGUGAAAGGACUGCGUCCUUUGGCGGGCGGAAUGUCUAAAUAUAAUUCUAUGUAGGUACUUUUGUAUCUGCUACUCAUUUAGUGACAAUUAAACCAUCAAGUUGAACACACG